AUGAACGAGGAUCAAGACCCUGAUACUCUUGACUACUUCCUCUCAACCCUGAAAUUGAGCGAACAUUCAGAGAAAGAAGAAGAGCACAACAAAGAACUCGAGAGGAAGCAAAAGCACGCCAUUAGGCAAUAUGCUAUUCCCCUUUUCAAUGAGCUCAACCCGGGCAUUGUGAGACCAGAGAUUCAGACACCACAGUUUGAAUUGAAGCCAGUCAUGUUCCAGAUGCUUCAAACUAUGGGACAACUUAGUGGGAUGCCUACUGAAGAUCCUCACCUUCAUCUUCAUCUAUUUAUGGAGGUGAGUGACUCUUUCAAGUUGCUCGAGGUUUCAGAGGAUGCUUUGAGAUUAAAGUUGUUUCCAUACUCUUUAAGAGAUCAAGCAAGAGCUUGGUUGAAUUCGUUACCAUCUGAUUCUGUGACAACUUGGGAAGAAUUAGCUUAG